GAGGGCGCGCGGGACAUCAGCACACCGGCCGGGUCAAGAAGCUGCAAGGAUGGAGAUCCGACCAGACAGGUUUAAGGCGGUCGCGGGCAAAACUCUGGGGAAAAUUCACAGGCUGAUUGAGAAGCGGCAGCCCAAUGGAGAAACCAUUGAAUUGUCAGCGGAGGGCCGCCCUGAGCUGGUGGAGGAGAAGGAGCUGCCGGUGGUGGACUGUACCUGCUUUGGCCUACCGAGGCGGUACAUCAUCGCCAUCCUGUCUGGCUUGGGAUUCUGCAUCUCUUUUGGUAUCCGGUGUAACCUGGGUGUGGCCAUUGUAAGCAUGGUCAAUGACCACACUGUCUACAAAGGCAACAAAGAAGUACUUGUGGCUGCACAGUUCACCUGGGACCCUGAGACGGUGGGGAUGAUCCACGGCUCCUUCUUCUGGGGCUACAUCGUCACACAGAUCCCGGGUGGCUUUAUAUGUCAAAAAUUUGCAGCCAACAGAGUAUUUGGCUUUGCCAUAGUGGCCACAUCAACUCUCAACAUGCUGAUUCCAUCUGCUGCUCGCUGCCAUUACAGCUGCGUCAUACUGGUCAGGAUAUGCCAGGGCCUUGUUGAGGGUGUAUCAUACCCAGCCUGCCACGGGAUCUGGGCCAAGUGGGCGCCUCCUCUUGAAAGAAGUCGAUUAGCCACAACAGCCUUUUGUGGAUCCUAUGCAGGGGCAGUGGUGGCCAUGCCUUUAGCUGGGAUACUGGUGCAAUACACUGGGUGGCCUUCAGUAUUCUAUGUCUAUGGCAGCUUUGGGAUAUUCUGGUAUCUGUUCUGGGUUCUGGUGUCGUAUGAGAGUCCCGCAGCCCAUCCCACCAUCACACCAGAGGAGAGGAAGUACAUUGAAGAUGCAAUUGGAGAGUCUGCAGCAUUUCUUAAUCCUCUCCAAAAAUUUAAAACCCCAUGGAGACACUUCUUCACCUCCAUGCCAGUCUACGCCAUCAUUGUGGCCAACUUCUGCAGGAGCUGGACCUUUUACCUGCUGCUCAUCAGCCAGCCAGCCUACUUUGAAGAAGUCUUUGGCUUUGAGAUCAGCAAGGUGGGCAUGGUGUCAGCUUUGCCCCAUCUGGUGAUGACCAUCAUCGUGCCUAUUGGAGGCCAGUUGGCAGACUACCUGAGAACCCACAACCUGAUGUCCACCACCAACGUCAGGAAGCUCAUGAACUGUGGAGGUUUUGGGAUGGAGGCCACCCUCCUGCUGGUGGUGGGAUACUCUCAUUCAAAAGGUGUUGCCAUUUCCUUUUUGGUCCUCGCUGUGGGUUUCAGUGGAUUUGCCAUCUCAGGGUUUAAUGUCAAUCACUUGGAUAUCGCCCCUCGAUAUGCCAGCAUACUGAUGGGCAUCUCAAACGGGGUGGGAACACUAUCUGGAAUGGUGUGUCCUCUCAUAGUGGGAGCCAUGACCAAACACAAGACACGUGAAGAGUGGCAGUAUGUCUUCCUUAUAGCUUCCCUCGUUCAUUAUGGAGGAGUGGUUUUCUAUGGACUCUUUGCAUCGGGAGAAAAGCAAGCAUGGGCAGACAUAGAGGACACGAGUGAGGAGAAGUGCGGUAUUAUAGAUGAGGAUGAACUGGCCAAUGAAACAGAGGAGCUCUACCGUGGAGGUGGGCAAUACGGGGCCAUAAACCAACCAGUUGUUGGAUCCAACGGAGGAGGGGCAGGAGGAGGAGGAGCUGGUUCUGGAUGGGUGUCGGACUGGGAUAAGUCUGAGGAGUACGUGCAGCCACCUGGAUACAACUCUUAUAUGUACGGGGGAGAAGAGGAGAGGGAGCUGACAUAGAAGAUCAACAUGAUACGAGUUUAAAAACAAGAUAAAGAAAAGAGGAAGAUUGUUUUUGGAAGGGGAUUGUAAGAAAGUCACUGCUUUACUGAAUGGACCUGCUGUGUGCUUUUGUACAUUAUUAACGAUUGCACAUAUCAAAAGUAUGCAUCUGAUUCAUUCCAGUGUGUGUGUGUGUGUGUGUGUGUGUGUGUGUGUGGGUGCAUGCGUGCGUGCGUGUGUGUGCGUGCGUGCGUGCGUGCGUGCAAGUGUUGGUGUGUGUGUAGGCAUGUGCAUGCAAGUGUUAGAGUGAUCAAUGUACACAAACACACACAGUAUUCAUUAGCGAAAACUGAACUCAUAUUCCAGACUUCCUUCCUGCUCCUGAGCUCGUUGUGAUUGGUCAGGAGUUCUGUUUCCAUGACAUCAGUGAGGAGAUUCUAUCUGUGCGUGUGUGUGUGUAUAUGUGUGUGUGUGGUGGGCUUUUUGCCUGUACAGCAACUCUCUCAAGCCACUGGCAUUGUGUUGUAUUUAAAGUUUUAUGUGUAAACCACACAUUUAGGUUUUUUUUUUUUUUUGCUGGGAAAGCACCUUUGGGGCCUCAGUUUGGAAACACAAAGGUUUUGAGCUGUCCAAAACAUUAUCAGUGGUGUGUAUUUUAGUCCCAUAACAUCAAGUUAGUAAGACAUUUAAUGACUUUAGACUUGACUUGGCAAAAUCAAAAGACUUGCAACUCAAUUUGGACUUUAACCAGUGACUUCCCCAAGGGGUGGGGGGGGGGGGCAAUGGCCUCCCUCAUCCAAUUAAUAGUAAUAAUAAUGAAUACCCAGAUCCAAUCAAGUUGCAGGAGAGAAUCCUGGAAAACUAACAAUACUUUACUGAGCACCUGUUGGAAAAAAAAUUAGAUGAUUUAUUGCAUGUUCUCCCCGUGUCAGCGUGGGUUCUCUCCGGGCACUCCGGCUUCCUCCCACAGUCCAAAGACAUGCAGAUUGGGGACUAGGUUAAUUGAUAACUCUAAAUUGUCCGUAGGUGUGAAUGUGAGCGUGAAUGGUUGUUUGUCUCUACCCUGCAAUAGUCUGGCGACCUGUCCAAAGUGUACCCUGCCUCUCGCCCGAUGUCAGCUGGGAUAGGCUCCAGCCCCCCCGCGACCCUCAAGAGGAUGAAGCGGUUAGAAAAUGAAUGAAUGAAUGAAUUUCCCUUACAAAAACCAUGUGAUUGUCUAAAAAAAAAAGAGUUGCAGUAUGCAAAAUGUGGUUGGAAAUUACAGAUGGAGCAUUUCCAACAAACCUGUUUUAACAAAUAAGUACAAAUUUAAAAAGCAUUCAUGCUUUCUGUAAAUUUAAUAGAGUAUUAAUCUGUUGUUAAAUGGCAUUACAUUUGGUGAAGAGCGCAUUAUGUAUUGUUUAAGGCUCGUAACCCAAAGU